CCCGCCAGGUCGCGCGCGCCAAGAUGGCGGCGGCGGGGCCGAUGGCGCUGGGGCGGGCGGGGACCGCAGCGCAGGGCUGCGGCCUCACCCUCACCCGCGGCAUCCUCACCCGCCCGGGGCCGCCUCGUCCCCGCGGGCCGCUGCCGCGCACGCCAUGGACCACCCGCGGGCCGCCGCCGGAGGUGCUGGCCCGGGUGGUGGAGCGGCGGCCGGUGCGGGAGCAGGUGGAGCUGGACACCAUCACCUACGCCGAACGGCAGCACUUCCUGCCCGGCCUGGCCCACCCGCGCUUCCCGCCCUGGGAGCGCGGCUGGCGGGACCCGUGGCACUCGCCGGGCCCGCGGUACGAGGAGAUGCCGCUGCACAAGGAGCGCGGCUGCUUCAUCUGCCACCAGCGCGUCCGCAUGCUGGAAGGAGUUCGGCAAGCGCAGUGGCUCACCAAGACAAAGCUGGUGGAAGGUUUACCCCCAUCGGUGCUCGGCAUCAUUGACAACCCGGCUCACCGGCUGGAGGAGCACGAGGAGAGGGUGAAGCAGGCGGUCUCACAUGCACGGCUCUGGGACACAAGAGAACCUGCUCCCAGGAGAGAACAUUAUUGCCCAGUACUAUUUGAAGACUUGAUACAUAUAUGUCGGUUAAUGUCCAUGAAGUAUCCUUCUCUGACGAAAAGAAUGUUGUCUAGAAACUACAAGAUAGCAGCUACGUGGGAAAGAGAAUCCAUCCUCCUUCAGGUCCGAGGCCUGAACGGAAUACUCAUGAACUCCAUGGCCCCAAUACCACCAGUAGCCUCCAAGGAGGAGAUACUGGCCACUGAAGCGCAUGUUCUGGAGACCUUCUAUCCCAUUUCUCCUACAAUUGAUCUUCAGGAAGUGAAUGUGUACAAAGAGCUCAACAAUACAGGUUUUCGAGAUGGUUAUCCGUACUCUCAUCCUCACACUCUGUUCUUCCUGGAAUCGGCCAACGUUCGUACCAACAGGUUCAGACCAGAACAACUUCGUGCUAAAAUGCUGAUGUUUGCCUUCGGCAACGCGCUGGCAAAGGCCAAGGUGCUGUACGGGAAUGAUCCUAAGGUUUUGGAGCAGCCAAUAGUGGUGCAAAGCGUUGGCACAGAUGGUCAGCUCUUCCAGUUCAUGGUGUUCCAGUUAAAUACAACAGACCUUGUCUCUAGUGAUGGCAUAAAAAAUCUAGUCUGGGUUGACUCUGAUCAGAACCUGUAUGAAAAAGCCCAGUGUGUUCCAGAAGUCAAGAAGAGAGUCGUUACGAAGCCCACUGGAAUAUAUGGCUUUCAGCCAGACACAUUCAAGAAGUUUCUGGCACUGUAUCUGCAUGGAACUGUGUGAAAUGCAGCUCAAAUGAAAAUACUUCACCAACUGUACCUGCUGCUUUUCUUUGCUAGAACCAUUACAUAAUUAAAGAAGGGUGGAUUAAUUUACUUUAAAAAAUAAAUUAUAUUGUUACUGAGAGUAAAAAAAAAUUCAAACUAAA